AUGCUGGUCUCGGUUCGUUCUGCGACGCUGCUGCUCGGGCUGGCGGUGUUGUGCAGUUCAGACUUCGCCCCUCCCACAAUCAACAUUAACUUGGACGAUGAUCCGCAAGUGCGAUGGAUGCCAAUUCGUAAUGUAUUUGACGCCGACUUCCUCAACAGAGCUGCUCGAGAUGUCAUUGAUUCAACAAUUCCAAAAUGGCUUCACAACGUUCUCAAAUCUCUGAUAAAGGUCUCAGAGAAGUUCAUUCUUCCCAAGCCUUAUGGUGACGAAAUCCGUGGCUUGGCUUCACACUUUGGCUUUAGUCUCUCUGAUGCCAUCAUGCUGAACUUUGCCUAUGAAGUAACUGCAUUCUGCACAAGCAUAGUGGCUCAAGACAAAGAUGGACGCAUAUACCAUGGAAGGAAUCUGGACUACCCACAUGCUGUUCUGAGGAAUCUUACAGUCAACGUUAUCUUCAAGAAGAAUGGAAAGAUCUCAUAUAUUGGAACCACAUUUGCCGGCUAUGUUGGUCUGUGGACAGGACAAAGUCCAUAUAAAUUCACUGUAUCCGGUGACCAGCGAGGCAGUCAGCACUGGUGGAACUUCUGGAAGAAUAUGGUGUCAGCUUUCCUGUUGAAGAGAAAGCCAGUCAGCUGGCUGAUGAGAGAGAUCCUAGAAGAGGCAGAAGACUUUCAAGAUGCUGUCCUGUAUCUUUCCAAAAUUCCCAUCAUUACAGAAGUGUAUUACAUUGUUGGUGGGUCAAAGGCAGGUCAAGGGGUGGUCAUCACCAGAAACAGGGAAGGUCCCGCUGACAUCUGGCCACUGGAUCCAAUUAAUGGACAAUGGUUCAGAGUUGAGACCAAUUUUGACCACUGGCUUCCCUCUCCAGCCAAGGAUCAUCGAAAAGAAACUGCAGAAAAAGCAAUGAAUUCUACCGGUCAAGAUCAUAUCAAUAUGUAUUCGCUUUAUCAGGUUUUAUCACGAGUGCCAGUGUGUAAUGGGAUUACUGUUUACACAACAAUAAUGAGUGCAACAAGCCCUGAGAAUUAUACCACUCUUGUCAGACCACCGCACUGCCACAACAGUGUUCGAGCUAAAGUGCUUCCUUUCUUUGGAGGUGAGAAAUGGGAUUUUCCCCGUAUCUAA